CUCACUGCAAAAAACCCGCGAAGCCUCUUUCUAUAUAAUCUCUGAAACGACAAAAAUCAGCUCGUUUCAACACCAGGAUCCUCAUCUCUCUUUCUGCAGAACCUCUUCACUCUCCCUAACAUUCCACUGGCGUUUUUCCCUACAAAUCCCUAACCAUAGGUUUUUCUGAACGUCAUGGUUACGGGGAAGAGGAACAACGUGGUUGUUUUAUCAUCGGAUGGUGAAGACAGUGACUACUCAUUGACUUCUAAUCGGAGCUUUUCGAAGCCAAAAUCGAGAUUAUUGGUCACUCGUUCAAACCCUAGAGGAGCGAAGAAGGCUCGCCUUUCUGGUUCUCGGCCUCAUUCGCGUAAACAAUCCAGUAAAUUUGAUGAUAUCAGGUACUAUUGUGAAGAUUUUGAUGAAGUAUAUAAUGGGUUCAAGGUAUCUGCUGGUUUGCAAGGGAGCAACACACAGGGGUUAUGGGUUGACAAAUACAAACCUCGUUCCUUGGAAGAGCUUGCUGUUCACAAAAAGAAGGUUGAAGAAGUCAAGGUAUGGUUUGAAGACAGAUUGAGAUCUUCUAAGGAAAAAUUUAGUAAUCAAGUUCUUGUAAUCACUGGGCAAGCUGGAGUGGGAAAAUCUGCAACUAUUCACACAAUUGCAUCUCACCUUGGAGCCAGAGUGUGUGAAUGGAACACACCUACUCCAAUAAUUUGGCAAGAACACCUACAUAAUUCCAGCACAGGGAUAAACUACACAUCUAAGUUGGAUGAGUUUGAAAAUUUUGCUGAGAGAAUAAGGAAGUAUGGAUUUAUCCCGUCAUCCUUUACUGGAGGGUCAAAAUCAUCUGUCAUACUCCUAAUUGAUGAUCUUCCAGUGAUGAAUGGAAAAGCUGCUUUUCGAAGGCUUCAAAACUGUUUGCAUCUUCUUGUGCAAUCAACUCGGGUACCAACGGCUGUCUUGCUCUCGGACUGUGGUAAAACUGAUUCAGCAGACCUCACUGCAAGAUGCUUUGAAGAACUUCAGUUAUAUCUUGAGAGUGCUGGGGCUUGUAAGGUUGCUUUCAAUCCUAUUACACAUAAUUCUAUUAAGAGGACACUUUCUAGAAUAUGCAGACAAGAACGGUGUAAUGUUGCUGCUGAUCAGAUUGAUCUAAUAGCCAAUGCGAGUGGUGGUGACAUCCGACAUGCAAUUACAUCUUUACAGUUCUUCUGUUUCAAACCUGAUCCCAUGCAUUCCUUAUCUAUAUGUGAUACCACUACCAUAAGCUCGAGAGAAAAACCAGAUGUGCUCAGGGCUUUGGAUGAUGGAUUUUCUUUGCAAUUUGGCAGAGAUGAGUCACUUUCUCUAUUUCAUGCUCUUGGAAAGUUUCUGCAUAACAAAAGAGACUCUGAAAAUGGCAUGGAAUUGGAGCAAGCUGAGUUUAUUGUACAGGAGAGAUUAUCAAGAUUGCCAUUGAAGAUGCAUGCUCCAGAAAAGGUUCUCUGUCAAGCACAUGGGCAAGCAAGGCCUAUUGCUGAUUUUCUACAUGAAAAUGUUCUAGAUUUCCUGAGUGAGGAGGCAAUAGACGAUGCAUGGGCUGUGGCGUCAUAUCUAGGCGAUGCAGACAUGCUUCUUGCUACUUUCCGUGGAAUGCUAUCUAGAUAUAAUGAGGCAGAAAAUGUUUUACAGUCAGCUGCUGCUUCAGUUGCUGCUCGUGGUGUGUUAUUUGGAAAUUCUCACCCAUUACCUUCCAGGUGGCAUUCCAUUCGUCGGCCAAAGCUUUGGCAGAUUGAGCGGUCAUUACUGCACAAUAAGAAUGAGAUGGCAAAACGGAGAUUCGAUGGUCACAGCGGAAUAAAUUUAUCAGAUAUGUCAAUUGUGGCUACAGAGUACACACCUGUAUUCAAAUGGCUUGGAUAUGGAACCACUGGAGGCAUGCAACAGGUAUCGAUGCAAUUGGACAUAACAGAAGACUAUUUUGAUAAGAUGAAAUUGGAGGACAAAGAAAGUGAGACUACUGAUGAUGAAAUAGAAGAUUGGUAAAAAGAGAAUGUGAGUGUGCUUGAGAAGCAAGCAGAGUCAGUCUAGAUGUGAUCUUCUGUAAAAAAAAAAAUUGCUGUAAAUAAUUAUCCUCUUCCCCCCUUGAUUGUGAUAGAUGUAAACUGUUUUGAAAUGUCCUACUAAGUUCAGUUCUCAGUUUUGAAAA